AUGUACGGUAGUUCUAAAAUUACGACAGAAAAGUCAAAAUUAUCUCGCAAAUCCGAAAAAUCACGAAUUGUCAACCAAGCUACUGUAUUCCAGGUGGCAUCACCGGAAGUAAAAGUCGAGAAAGAAGCGGAAAACAACUCGAUUGAUUCCACUACGCUCCGUGUGGAGUCCCCGUCCACAAUGAUCCAAUGGACAUGUCCAAGUUGUCAUCUACUUUGUCAUACACCGUCACAACUGGCUGUCCAUGUGGCUACGGAACACGUCGAGCCGGAAUUGACGGAAAAUUCAGUCCUGAGUUGUGCGGUGAAAUGUCCGGAAUGCCCGGCACUGUAUGUCGAUUCCAUCAAUAGUCUAAUCGCGCACUACGACGCUACGCACGGCUCGAAGGCGCGACUUUUCAAAUUUAAAGACUUGGAAAAGCUGUUUGUGAAGGUUCAUAAGCGCCAUAUUUUGAUGAUUAGACCUGCCUAUUCCGGAAGCAUCCGCGCUUCCGUUUACAAGGAUUUAUGUGAUGAGUAUGAUGUGGUCAGGGAGAACGGAAAUCUGCUGCUCCUUCGAGAUGAAGGCCCACCACUACCACCGCAGCUUGCACAACUCGUCGAAAUGGCAGACGCGGGUCAUUCAUUCGAUGUCGAUGUGGCUUACUCGUGUCCGGAAUGCGCAAGGCCCAUGGCAAAAACGGAAGAGCUGAAACAGCAUAUGAAAUGCACACAUAGGAUUGGAACGUACCAACUAUGGAGAAAGGGAAAAAUUGAUGCAUUGAAGAAGGAAUUACUGUGGAUCGCCGAAGCCGCACAAAAACAGAAAAGUCUGACCGGAACGUGUCGGAAUCGUUCAAAACUCGCUGAACUUGUGGCUAUUGGGUGGAAGGAGACUCCGGCUCCAAAAGCCCCACCUACACCGUCGCUAGGCUUAGGUGUACAAUGUACUCCUCCUAAGCCACAGCCUCCACCUUGCCAAAGCGUCGCACCCCUGGAAAGCCUGACGCCUUCGCCAGUCGAUUCGAGGCCGCCACACGCCCUGCAAGCCAAACUUUCGGCUUGUAUCGCAUCCUCAGGAAUGGACGUCUCGGGCGUGACGCUCCGACAUAUCAUUCAACGGCGACCCGGUCGGAAACGAGAUCUCGUCGCCACCAAUAGAAAUGCCCGGGUGAAACCGAUGACUGCGGAGAAGCUUCUCUCCCUCUCCUGCAUGCAAUGCGGCCUAAUCUUCGAAAAUCGCUGUAAAUACACACGUCAUUUAUUGGAUCACAAAUUGGAGACGACACCAUAUCGAUGCCCGGCAAAAGGGUGUAUGAUGAGCUACGAACAGAGGCAUAAACUAAAAAGUCACUGUCUCCGGAAACAUCCAGAAGUAACGGACGAGACGGUAGAAACGUGUUGUGUCGCUGGAGAUCUUGUAUUAAUGCCAAAUAUGCAACAAAGAGCGCCGGAUACGGCAGCAAUGGUGAGAAUAGAGGCGCCAGAGGAUUUGGAUUCUACACCGGCCUCAUACAAUUUGAUGGAAGAGACAGCAAAUGUUAAUCCCGAGGAGUUGUUCUCGGAUUUGAUGGCUCGAGUAAAGCAGGAGCCGGUGGAUGACUACGAGGCGGUAGAAACGGAGCUGCCUCCAGGACAACCACCACCGGAAGUUGCCGCAGCGAAACCCGAAGCCGAGGAACCCAAAUCCGGACGAUUGACGCGGAAACGAAAAGUGAAAGAAUCGUUCUCACCU